CAAAGGGAAGCCACAGAGACGGGCGAGAAACAAAACAGACACCGCGAGAAAAUCCGAGAGAAAAUCUGCGGUUCGCAAGUAAAAAUGGCGUUUUACGUGGACGAAGAGGAGGUGUGGAAAUGUAUCAAACACCCCACGAAGCGCCGCCGGACUGGGAUAUGUCCGGUGUGUCUCCGUGAACGGCUCUCCGCGCUCUGUCCCGAGUGCGCCAACGCGCGGCCCUGUGCGUGCUCCGCUAACGCCGCGACGACGUCGUCUUCGUCCUCCUCGUCGUCUUCCGUCUCUCUCUUCUCGACCGACGGAGUCGGAGCCGUCGGGAGAGUCUCCAAUCUGAUCGACAGCGAACCAGCGUUCCGGAGGUCCAGAUCGCUAGCUAUUCCCUUCCUCCGGUCCAGGUCCCGGUAUGUUGGCGCCGAAAACGAACGGAAAGAACCGCCGUCGCCUCCGCCGUCUGUUAACAAAAGCAAAGCGUCACCGUUUUGGUCGGUGUUCAGGUCGACCAAGAGCAAGAAGGUUGAGACUAACGAAGAAGAGGACGAGGACGUGAGAGCGAGGAGGGCGAUGAUGACAAAGUCGAGAUCCGUCGCCGUUUCGGUGACUGCAGAUUCCGUUGCCGGCGUCGGAGAUAAAAGAGCGAAGGGAAGGGGUUGGUAUUUUCCGAGCCCGAUGAAGGCUCUCCGGCAGUCAAAGAUUGCGAAGGUGGUUCAGGAACGGUCUCCUUUGUACAGAGGUUGAUUUUUUUUUUUCUUUGUAGAAAUAAAAAACUAAUGAAUAAUAUUAAAAUAAUAUUUCAUCA